AUGGGUGCCUGCACCAGUUUAGGAGACGCCAAGAAGGAUCAUUCCAGCUGUGCGCAGAUCAGCCAGAGUCGCAGCAUUCAUGAUGCUUACAGCUUCAGGGACACACAAAAGCUUGGCAAGGGUGGCUACGGCACAGUGUAUCUUGCGACCCAGCGCUUUUCGGGUAAGAGACGCGCCGUGAAACGCAUGAGUAAUCAGUACCCUCAUCAGUCGAGUUGCAAGUCGGAGGUCGCGAUCAUGAAUUCGAUCGACCAUCCCAACAUCGUCAAACUAGUCGACACCUUCCAGAACAGCACGCACACCUAUUUGGUAUUAGAAUUGUGCAGAGGGGGCGGAUUGCUGACGAAGAUGAAGGCAUAUGGUGGGUCGUUUCCAGAGCAGCAUGCAUCGACUGUGCUCCAUCAGAUUUUGCGAGGCACGCUCUACCUGCACCAGUGCUCGGUUGCCCAUCGGGAUCUGAAGCCAGAGAACCUGCUCUUCGCGAGUGAUGCCCCCGUGCCCGAAAACACGGUGAAGAUCAUCGACUUUGGCCUUGCGCGCACAUGCCCCGAAGGACGGCUGCUCGUGACGAAGGUGGGGACGCCCACCUUCGUGGCACCCGAGGUGCUGGCAGGCAGGGGCUACGACAAGCAGUGCGACAUCUGGAGCAUAGGCAUCACCGCCCACGUGCUCCUCUCCGACAAGAGCGUGAUCCGGAAAGUGGCGCGCGGGCACCUCGAGCUCUCCCCGGAGCACUGGGCGCUCGUGUCCUCGAGCGCCGCGGCGCUGGUCUCCGGGCUGCUCUCCGCCGACCCGCGGGAGAGGCCGACGGCGUCGCGGGCCCUCGGCGACGGCUGGCUGCUGCGCGGGGCGGGCGCCGAGCGGGCCGCCAUCCCCAGCGGCCUCGUGGAGAACCUGUGCCGGUUCAAGUCGCGGGACGUGCUCUCGAAGGUGGCCCUCCGCGUGCUCGCGGGGCUGCUGGACGACGCCGAGCUCCGCCCCCUCCGCCGCGCGUUCCUCGCGCUGGACGCCGACGGGGACGGCAGGCUGUCGCGGGCCGAGCUCCGGGAGGGCCUGGCGCGGGGCGGCCGGGGGCUCUCGGAGCAGGAGCUCGUGGAGAUCCUGGACGGCGUGGACGUCAACGGCAACGGCACCAUCGAGUACACGGAGUUCCUGGCCUCGACGGUUGACGUGAACAGCUGUUUGGGGGAGGACAUGUGCCAGCAUGUCUUCGACGUCUUGGAUCGGGACGGCGACGGGCACAUCUCUCGCCAGGACCUGAUGUGCUGUCUGCGCGAUCGCCACUUGUCAGAGGGUAUCGGCGCAGAGAGCCAGGCCCUUGUUGACGCACUGGGAGCCCGCGGAGACGUCAGUCUAAACGUCACUGAAUUUGCGAAGAUGUUGUGCAGAUGA